AUGGCUACAGAAACUGCGACUCCUCAGCCGCCUCCAAGUGCUCAAAUUGUUGGGAAUGCUUUUGUUGAGCAGUAUUAUCAUAUCCUUCACCACUCUCCUGAGUUGGUUCACCGAUUUUACCAGGAUGUGAGUGUGUUGAGCCGCCCGGAUCCUAAUGGCCUCAUGAAGACUGUGACAACUAUGGAAAGUAUAAACGACACAAUAUGUUCAUUGGAUUACAAAAAUUACAAGGCUGAGAUCAAGACCGCGGAUGCACAAGAUUCUUAUAAAGAUGGAGUGGUGGUGCAAGUAACUGGCUGCUUGACCGGACCCGACAACCUGAAAAAGAAAUUCUCACAGACUUUUUUCCUCGCUCCUCAGGACAAAGGGUAUUACGUGUUAAACGACAUUUUUCGUUAUGUAGAAGAGAGAGAACCAGAAUUCAGCAUGUCGGUAGUUACUGGAGUCGAUGUAACACCAUCUGGUUCUGCUAUCCAAGAUCCGGAACCCAUUCAAGUGGCUGAUUCUCCAAAAGCUAAUCAUGAAACUUCUCAAGUGGAGGAAGCUGACAUAAUUGAGGAGAAAAUCAGUGACGAAGUGAUUGAAGACAGACAACUCGGUGAUAAUCAUACGGAUGUCUUGAUAGAAGCCGACUCCCAUAUUAAUGAGAAUCAUGUAACUGAAGUUGCAGAUGCAGUUACUUCUUCAUCGCAGGAGGAUACUCCAAAGAAGUCGUAUGCUUCAAUUGUUAGCUCAGCGACAAAAAAGGGUCCAACCAAAAUUUAUGUUCCUACUAACACAGCUAAAUUAGCUCAGGCGAAAGCCGAGAAGCAGCCACUCAACCCAGCUGCAGGGGAAUCACUUCCAGAAUUAACUUCUCAUGUUGUACCUGAUGAUGUACCAGAAAGUAAAGAUGUUCAGGAUGAAGUUCAGGGUCACUCGAUAUACAUCCGCAAUUUGCCUCUAAAUUUUACAGUUGCACAGCUUGAAUCUGAAUUUCAGAAAUUUGGAACUAUUAAGCCAAAUGGGGUCCAAGUCAGAAUUCACCAAUUUUUUAUUUUUUUUUUUGGUUCUCUUCAGGCUUCUCCUAUAACUAUUUUAGAUCGUCAAGCUACUGUCGAGAUCAAGAGAACCACCACUCGAGUUGGCGGUGGGAGGGGUCGGUUUCUUCCUCAACGCGGAGGGUUUCGUAACGAAAACUUCAGAGGCCGAGGAAACUUCAGCACUGCUCGGGUUUAUGGUAGAAAUGGAGACUUCAGGGGUCGUGGCAACUUUAAUAGUGGAGAAGGUGGUUAUCAUCAUCAAGGCAGAGGGAGGGGUAGUCGACGUCCGAUUUCGAACCAGAAUUCGUCUUUAACUUGA